GGCGGUAGCGGCAGCGGCCGGUUCCCGGGGCUUGAGGGCUGAGGAGGGAGUGAGGUGGUGGUGGUGAGGGCGGCACCAGAACUGGAGGAGGCGGUGGAGGGCGGCGGCGGCGCUGGCUGCGGAGGACACGGACCAGCGGGAAAGAAGGGAGAAGCCACACCCGCUGGCCUGGACGUCUUAGAGAUGGAGAAGGAAUUCAACCAGAUCGACCAGGCCGGCAGCUGGGCGGCCAUUUACCAGGAUAUUAGACAUGAAGCCAGUGACUUUCCCUGUAAAGUGGCCAAACUUCCAAAAAACAAAAAUCGAAAUAGGUACAGAGAUGUCAGUCCCUUUGACCACAGCCGAAUUAAGCUACAUCAUGAAGAUAAUGAUUAUAUAAAUGCUAGUUUGAUAAAAAUGGAAGAGGCCCAAAGAAGCUAUAUUCUCACUCAGGGUCCUCUCCCUAACACAUGUGGUCACUUUUGGGAGAUGGUUUGGGAACAGAAAAGCCGGGGAGUCGUCAUGCUUAACAGAGUGAUGGAAAAAGGAUCAUUAAAAUGUGCACAAUAUUGGCCCCCAAAAGAAGAAAAGGAAAUGAUCUUUGAAGAUACAAAUUUGAAAUUAACUUUGAUUUCUGAAGAUAUAAAAUCAUAUUAUACAGUACGCCAGUUAGAAUUGGAAAAUCUUACAACACAAGAAACUAGAGAAAUUCUACACUUUCACUAUACCACAUGGCCUGAUUUUGGAGUCCCAGAAUCUCCUGCCUCCUUCCUGAAUUUUCUUUUUAAAGUUCGAGAGUCAGGGUCCUUAAACCCUGAAUAUGGACCUAUUGUUGUACACUGCAGUGCUGGGAUUGGGAGAUCAGGAACGUUUUGUCUGGCUGAUACGUGUCUUUUGCUGAUGGACAAGAGAAAAGAUCCUUCUUCUGUAGACAUUAAGCAGGUCCUUCUAGAAAUGCGAAAAUACAGAAUGGGGCUGAUCCAGACAGCAGACCAAUUGCGUUUCUCCUAUUUGGCUGUUAUUGAAGGAGCUAAAUAUAUUAUGGGGGACUCUUCUGUUCAGGAGCAAUGGAAAGAACUCUCCAAUGAGGAUUUGGAGCCACCUCCAGAGCAUACUCCGCCACCACCCAGACCACCAAAACGGAUAUUAGAACCACACAAUGGAAAAUAUAAAGAAUUCUUCCCAAACCACCAGUGGAAAAUGAAUGAGAUGGAAGCUAAAGAACAAGAUGGUCCUGUUAUAGAAGAAAGCAUAACUUCCUUAACUGUACCACUGAUCACAGAAAGUCAAGGCACUGGAGUUAGAAGGAGAACUGUUAGUGAACAUCAGAAUGCCAUGUCCACCAAAGAAGAGCCAUCCCCAGAAGACGAUGAAGACAAUAUGACGACCACCUGGAAGCCCUUUCUAGUCAAUAUCUGUAUGUUCACUGUCCUCACAGCUGGAGCUUACCUCUGUUACAGGGUAUGUUUUCAUUGAUGGACCUACUGACAAGAUGGGAGUGUACAGAAAAAAAAAACAUCAGUUGGACUGGUUUUUAAUUCAGUUCUAUGAAAUUAACUGAGUCAUGUCUCAGAAGAAAGAUCUAAGGUUAAAAGUCUGGAACUUUGGUAGGGCUAAAAGAGAAAAUUAAUUGAUGCACUAGGGUUUAAAUAAGCCCUGUGGUCCCAAGAAUAAAAUAGUUGAAUCUCAGGGCCUUAAAAUAUUCAGGACUAAGCAGAGAAAAUGCCAAAUAAGUCUCUCCUGUUUUUGUUUCUUUGUUCAUUUUGUUUUUGGAAAGAAUAAUAGAAUUACAACACAUUGUUGUUUUUAACCUUUUUGAAAGCCAGUUCUUUGUUUUUGUUCUAUUUCUGAAAAAGACUCGGCAAAAGUAAAACUUGCUUGUACUCUUCAAAUGUAACCGAAUCUGCAAUUUCUAUUUGAUUUCCCAGAAGAACCCUACUCUUUUUAAGAAUGUCAUUCAAUAAGGAGAGGAGAAUGGGAGGAACCAUGUUAUACUCAGCUACAUUUCAUCUAAUGUUCAUACUGAGUGGUGGGCAGUGCCUGUGCUGGUUAUCUGUUGAACUAUAGCAUUCAUUCCCUUUUUACAUGGUCUUUACUAAAAAUGAAGAAGGAAAAAAAAAGCCACAAAUCCAGGUUCUGCAUUUGCUCAGGGUAUUCUUUGCCCCAUCUCCCCCUCCCCCCAACACCCUCAAUUAGAACUAGUUAAUUUCUCACUUGGUACUGUUAAACUCAGCCCACAUAUGCACCUGCCUCUGUUAUACCCACCCCCUGUGCAUUUGUUUACUUUUUUCCCUUGCAGGGGUUCAGGGAGUUCAAUUCAGACAUGUCCACCAGCAUUUUAAAAACCUUUGUUAGUAUUUAGAAAAGCUAGUCUUCACAUGAUUUGGACUGUAAAGUGCAGUUUUUUUAUAAAUACAUAUACCUUGUAAAGUUGGCUGCUGUUAAAAUGAGGGGCAGAAGAAAGCUCUAGGAUUCACAUCCAACACCAUAAACCAUCAAAAAACAGACGAAUGAAUGCAGAGCCCUGCUCCACAGCAGCCACCUGCAAGUUUUCAGAGGUCAUUCGCUUCUAGACCUCUCUAAAGAAGUCAGAUCAGUGACUGAGCAAGACGCAAGCAAUUUUUCUUUGGCUUUGGGUUUUUCUUUGUUUUAGAAAACAGAUUUUGGUAAUGGCUUUAUUUUGGCUCAGCUCUUUGCUGUGAAUGUCGUCAGGUGGCAUAGAUAGAUGAGUGUGAGUGCAUCUCCACAGACACCUGGGUUCUGGGCUUAGUUCAUUUGAUAGAUUGGUUUCAUUCCACUUCCUGUUCUACAGCAGCUCAGAAAUUUGAUUCUGCUCUGCCCAAAUGGCAGUCUCUGCUUGUAGAACCAGCAGCAGAAUUGCAGGAACUAAGAGUUAGUAGAGCCAUGAGGUGGAAGUUUGCUCUCACCCAUGCGCUUUGUAUUCUUGUUCUGCCCUGGUCCCAGCUCCCCCUCUCCCUUUUCCCCCCCACUUGUACAGAGUCCAAUUUCUCAAGGAGAGUGAAAGUAGUAUUCGGUGGUGCAGAUAAGGGGAAGGGGCAAAAUAGAGUACUUAUUGUUGCAGUAGCCAGUCCAAGACAGUAGAUCUUGAUCUGCAAUGGUGCCACUAAUUGGUGCUUUUUAAUGCAUCCUAGUCUACAAGCACUUAAACACCCAUUUUCAGCCAAACUUUUAUGGAGUAUAUUAUAUAAUGAAUCUUUUCACUCCAUAUUUAUUUCCCCCCCCCCCCCAAAGGUAUCCAUAGCCAUUUUCUUAAAGUAAUGAUGUGUUUAAAUUUUUUUUUUUUUUUUUUGCUGUCAGCCUUGCAUCAAGGGCUUAUUGGAAAUACAAUAAUAAAUCUUCAGGUAGUGCUGGGAAUUUAAGACAUACCUGAUAGGCUAUGGAAUCCAUCCAGUACUUGAAAGGAGGAAGAUUGUAAGCAGUCAUUAUUGAGUAAUAUUGUGGUUUUCAUUAAAAAUAUUGGGAUAUGUUUAUAGAACAAUGGUAUCAUAAUAUAUAAUGAACAUUUGUGUAUUUAAGAAACAGUAUGUGAUUACUUUGUCCCGGUUACUUUCCCUAUCAUCUGGUAGAGUAUUGUUCUCAAGCAACACUUUUCCCAUUUGUAUUAGAAUGCAUGUAAGGUUGUCUUGUGUCCUGAUUAAAUACCAUGUGCUUGAAGGUGAAAGAACUUAUAUUUCUGCUUACUGAUGUGCCCAUACAUACAGUCAAAUUUAUAUUUGCAUGAUCUGAUUGUUAAGUGGCUGUGGUUCACAAGGCUAUUGCUGAAAAUUACUUCAUUCAGCAAUAGAUUGAUAGAUAUUUAUCCAAUAACAGAUACUUGCCUAAUUAUUGGGCAUGACUUUCUAUUCAGUUUUAUUCAGUAACCCAGUUUAUCAUACUUUACAUCAACUGAGUAGCAACUAUACUACAGACAUUCCAAGUGUAUGAUAAGCCCUAAUCACACCUCACCCACUAGAAAUCUCAGGCAGUCGGUCUCCCCUGAUCUUGGACGGUAUCAUUUAGUGUUCCAAAUUCAGAAACCUAUCCUGAAGCAGAGCAUUAUUUGGAAUAAAGUUAGGUAAAGAUCAAGGCAGUUAAUUUUUUUCUGUGGAGCACUCUCGCAAACUGAAUCAUUUAAUAUAAGUGGCCUGUAUACAGCUAAACUAACUGUGUAUAGAUAUAGGUAACUGCAGUAUUUUUCCUGUUUGGAGGUAUUAAUUCUAGUCUUGGUGGGAACACCUCUCACCCCAACCUCCAAACACACAUAAAUAAAACAAAACUCACAUAAAACAAAAAAGCCCUUCACUUCUCCACAAUGAUUCGAUUAUUCUCAUAGCUACUCCUAUGAAGAAAAACACGUGGUCUUUAUGUUAAGACUUUGAUUUUUUUUUUUUUUAAUGGGGGGGUAGGGGGAGGUGGCUGCAACUAUUCUGCUGGUCUUUACCAGCGAUUUCACAUUUUGCCUUUGACCUGUUGGACACCAUUGAGGAUUUCUACUGUAAUGAGAAUAGAGUAAAAUAACCCUACAGAGCAUUAGUGAGGUGUGUCUAAGGCUUAUAAUGCCAAACUGUAAGCAUCUUUUUCUCAAGUCCUGUAUAUGUAUGUAGUAGUUUGGGUAUGUAUAUACAGCAAGUAGAAUUUCAAAAUGGGUGUAUUGGUUAACCGCCUAUUCUUGGAAAAAUGGAUGGCUAUCCAUCUUGUUAAACGUAUGUUAGAAAGUUAGUGAGCUGCUAAUGCUAUAUGCCUUAAGCAAAUAUUUACUCAUCAGGUCUUUCUUUUUUUACCAAUGGCCAUAGAAUAAUACCAUUUUUACAAAAAUAAAAAUCAACAAAAAAGCAA